AGCGGCGGCGGCGAUGAUGAUGAUGAUGAUGUGGGUUGGAAGCUCUUCCACACCCAUCUGAGAAGAAUACAGUUCCGGGUUUUUCCCUCUCAUUGGUUUUUUUUUUCAGAAGAGCGCUGUUGUUGCUCUAUCGCCGCUGUCACAGGACGGUACGAUGUCUCUUUUAUUGGACAAUCAAUUUGCAGAACUUCCUGCAGACAAGUCUGUUGACACUAAGACGUUCUUGGACAAUGUGUCGACCCUGCCUCCGUUUUUCGACUGCUUGGGAUCAAAAGUGUUUUCAAUCAUCAAAUCUGACAUUAAUGGGAAUAUAACGAAAAUUAGAGCAGUUUAUGAUCAGGAUCCUGCAAAGUAUGUCACCUUGCAGGACAUUGUGGAAGCGGAGAGAGAAACCCACAAAGGAGAAUGGCCUAAAGUUGGAGCCACGUUGGCUCUAAUGUGGCUCAAGAGGGGUCUCCGUUUCAUACAGGUUUUGUUGCAGAGUUUGGCAGAUGGAGACAGAGAUGAGAACAACCCUAACCUUAUUCGGGUCAAUAUCACCAAAGCCUAUGAGCACGCUCUGAAGAGAUACCAUGGUUGGAUUGUUCAAAAGGUUUUUAGCGCAGCACUAAUUGCAGCUCCCUACAGAUCAAACUUCCUCAAGGCCCUGUCAAAGGGAGAAGAAGUUAAAGACGAGGACUGUCUGGCAAACGUGCAUCUCUUCCUGGUAAAUUACACGCCCACUGUAGAUGCCAUCUACGAGAUGUACUCAAACCUAAACGCAGAACUGGACUACACAGUUUGAUGUCUGAGGAUGAAGCUGGGCUUGAGGUUCAGGAGCGACCCACGACUCCUUCAGGGUGUAACUCAAGUCCAGUUUUCAAAGGUUCUUAAAAAGGGGUGCUUUGUAUCUUCUUUGUUCUAUUUAUUACUCUGAUUAUACCGUACACAAAUUGGAAGAAAAAUGUAGUUAAGAAUGCUUUUUUUGCAGGAUUACUAAAGUUAACUUUAUAUUAUCCAGUAGUCAGGAUUUUGUAACAGUUGGUUUUUGCUGCGUUAUUUAUGAGAUCACUGUGUGCCUUUCAUCUCUUUUAAUGUCACCAAAGAAACUCGCUCAUCAAAGAAUCAUUCCUUUCAUCUUUGCAGGUGUAAACCUCCAUUUUCUGAGCCCUUCUGCUAACCAAUACUUUGUUUUGGCUGAACAACGGUUGAAUAUUUUCAUUUUGCGUCUUUUUUUUUUUUUAACCUGUGAUGUUUCACAUUUUAUAUUUUUGUGUGAAACAUCCUUCCAGUGAAGACGAUGUGAAUCUUUUUUGCAGUUCUUUUGUGUUGCCUUCAUUGUCUUGUGUGACCUGUCUAUAAUUAUUAUGUGUGGCAGAGUGUCUGAAUGAAAUCAUCACGUCGUAUGUGCAAGUAUUAAUAGAUCAUUUCUGAAUGAAUACGCUGAAAAUAAAUAAAACCUUUCUGGUAAAUCA